AAAAGGAUAGUAACACAUUUUGACACAAUUCGAAUUGAAAUCACCCUUAAAAUUUUCAUUGCCAAUUUCAAGAAGGAUUUUUCAAGUGAUAAUUUCUAAGCACGAUUCGCGGUUUUUUUACACACACCUUUAUUAGAAAUUAGUAAUUAAUGAUUGAAAAAUGGACAAGGGUUCUAAUUUUGAUGCCAAGCCACCUUUAGUAGCAGGAUGCUGCGUACCAGUUCGCAAAGGACUCUCAAAUUUCGAACCAGCCAAAAUUAUAAGCACAAAAAUCGUAGAUGGCACAAAAUGGUACUAUGUUCAUUUUGAAGGCUUCAACAAAAGGUUAGACGAGUGGAUAACGGAAGAGUCAAUGGACUUGGAAAAAGUCAGCUUUAUUGGAAAGAAAAAGCCAACUGGCAGUAGUCCUGCUGAACCUGAAAAAACUAAAAGUACGUCAGUUGACCAUGAAUCAAUGAAAAAUGUUCAAAUGAUCGAACUGGGACGUUACAGAAUCAAGCCUUGGUAUUUUUCACCGUAUCCCAAAGAACUGGUUCAAUUUCCUUGCAUAUAUAUUUGCGAAUAUUGUUUGGCAUAUAAACGAAGCAAAGUAUGUUUGCAAAGGCACCUUCAGAAAUGUCUUCUGCCUCAUCCGCCCGGUAAUGAAAUUUACAGAAAAGAUAACAUUUCGUUUUUCGAAAUAGAUGGACAAAUGAAUAAGCAAUAUUCUGAAAAUCUAUGCUUAUUAGCCAAACUAUUUUUGGAUCAUAAAUUAACAUAUUACGAUACCCAGCCGUUUCUGUUUUACAUAUUGACUGUACAUGAUCAUGCAGGAUAUCACAUUGUUGGCUACUUUUCCAAGGGAAAAGAAUCUACCGAAGGUUAUAAUCUUGCCUGUAUCUUAACUCUACCUUCAUAUCAGAAGCAAGGCUAUGGCAAAUUGCUCAUAGAGUUUAGUUAUGAAUUGUCGAAAAUUGAAGGCAAAACUGGUUCUCCUGAAAAACCACUAUCAGAUCUUGGUAUGUUAUCUUAUAAAAGCUACUGGGAAGAAACCAUACUAGAAGCUAUAAGGUCAAUCAUGGAAGAACCAAAUCCGCAAUUAUCAAUCGAUCAAAUCUGUACAAUGACUGCUAUUACGCGACAGGACGUUAUUUGCACAAUGCGAAACUUGGAAUUGAUUUUUUACUACAAAAACCAAAAUGUUAUAAUAUUGAAUGAACAAAUUAUUGAGCGACUUGAUGUAAUGAAGAAAAACAAUAGAAUACGUAUUGACCCAUCUGCGAUACGUUGGACACCGAGAAAAUGGGGAAAAUUCAAAUAAAUAUAAGAUUUUAGUAUUAAUUAUUGCACAAUAAAGUAGGUACUUACCAAUGUGACGUAAGCAUACUUAGCAUCAUCUUCUUUAAUAACGUACCCAUUCCCUGGAUCUUUCCUUGUCUUUCCCAAAGCAAUCCUGGUUCUAAUAUCCACAGUUUUUACAUUGUAAAUCUUCUCCAGAUAAUUUUUAAUGUCGAAUUGAGUCAUUUGCAUUGAACAAGAAAACUGAACGAUGUUUUUCGGUUGUUUCUCUGUAGUUCGUAUCAGUUUCAUCCAGAAGUUUGGGAGGAAUACGCGAAGUUGGGGGCCGGUUUUCUGAUAAAUCGGAUACCUGCAACAAUUUUCCUGCAUCUUGUAGACAUCUUUGUGUUAAAAUCUCAAAGCAAAAAUAACACAACUACAGGCCUUUUCCCUUUUCUUUUCGAGUGGAAAUGUUUAUUUUUAAAUUUUUGAAAAAUGAA